AAAAGUAUUGAAUCGAUGACGUCACAAAAGACGUGUCAGUGGAAGGAGUAGACGGGGGAUUGUGGAGAAGCAUGUUGAAAAAUGUCCGAUUACUUGAAUUUAUCGUGCGACGUGAACAGUGGUAAACAGACGCGUCUGUGUUGAACGCAACAGUGAACAGUAGUACCAGUGUCGAUACGUGAGUAUCGUCGGCUCUUGCAGUGUAUCACGUGGACGAAAAAGUACGAUCGGUCUCGAACGAGUCGGACACGCCGACCGAAAUAUUUUUUGAAACGUUAAAACCAGUGCUCGGUGUUGUUUUGCUCUUGCGGGAUUUGCCUGGACCGGCCCCACGACACGUGAGCUACUGUGAACAAGGUUCUCCGCGUAGGUUAAAACGGUCAUUGCAUCACAGGCCCCGGAGGACCUGGGCAACGAUGGAUGGUGCCAGACAGGAAUGAUAGAAUGCAAGAGGGUAGCACCGCCGUGGCGCUAGCGAUGGUGACUCCUGGCUACGAUCAGGACCCUGCAAGUGGGGUUGCCGAUUACACAACCCAUCAGGAUCAAGCCCAAUUCGAAGCGGACAAAAGGGCAGUCUACAAGCAUCCCCUCUUCCCGCUGCUCGCGUUACUUUUCGAAAGAUGCGAACAAGCUACUCAAAGCUCGGACAACUCGACGUCCGAAAGUUUCAAUAUGGAUAUACAGGCCUUCGUCCAACACCAAGAAAGAGACCGAAAGCCGUUCUUGAUCAAUGACCCCGAAAUUGACGGUUUGAUGAUCAAGGCGAUACAGGUGCUGCGAAUUCACCUACUCGAGUUGGAAAAGGUUCAGGAUUUGUGCAAGGACUUCUGCAACAGGUACAUCACGUGCCUAAAGAGCAAGAUGCAGAGCGAAAAUCUGCUCCGCAGCGAUUACAGUCACCAUGGACACGACAUGGGUCCAUCGAGUGGCAGCAAUGGCAGCAGCGGCAGCAGUCCUUUGCAGGUGCUGUCUUCUACAGGCAAUGAUGUUGAACCGGGAGCUAACGGAUUCAGAGUGAGCAGAAGCGACACCCUGUCGGAGAACGGUGGCGCGAGUCAAGUGGCCGCGCAAGAGGAAACCGGUAACGACAGGCCGCCGUCGGCGCGAUCAUCUUCCACUGCUCAACGUUCGAACAGAUCCUCCAGCCAGGAGCAUGACGAUCCUCUGUCACCCUCUACGGUACACGGGAGCACGCCCCUUUCUCAAAUCGGGGUGCAUACCUGUGCACCAGUCAACGAUAUGUAUCUUGGUCAAGAUGGUAUGGACAAUGUGAUUACUGGCGACAGAAUAUAUUUAGAAGAAGCUGGUUAUUGGGGCCUUCUUGCAUUACAAGAACAUGAGAAUGAAUACAUCGAUGUGGGAGAUGCUAACGACGAAAAGUACCUUGAUAUCACCGUGGCGGGUUCUCCUUCUCCUGCACCCAGUGAAGACGAAGACGAAGGAUGUGGCACUGGCACUGCUACUUCAAAUCACAGUAGUACUCACGGAGGUAGUCAUAGUAGCAUUAAGAAAGGAAGACAGAAGAGGGGAGUUUUACCUAAACAAGCUACAAGUAUCAUGCGAACUUGGCUCUUUGAACAUUUAGUUCACCCUUAUCCCACGGAGGAUGAGAAGCGUCAGAUCGCAAGUCAAACGAACUUAACGUUGUUGCAAGUGAACAAUUGGUUCAUUAAUGCUCGUCGGCGAAUCCUGCAGCCGAUGCUCGAUGGUGCUGGGGCAGACCCGGUGCAACGCGCGGGUAAACGUCAUAAAGUCUCGAAGCACGUUGUUCAACAGCAACACGUACAGCAACAACAAGCUGGCGGCUGGCAAUCCGAAGACUCUGGGAGCGAUUCGGGCUCCAGCGACGGUGAGGGGGGUGCCGAUAGAUCGAAAGACGGUAACGAUAGCGACGAAGAUGAUCUUCACUGACCUUUGUCGAUCAUUGAUACGUCAACCUCUUUACGGUACCUUCGAAUCCAGUUGCUCAUUACAGUAUUAAGGUAUUCGAGAAUAGAUUUCGCUUUAACUGUCAAAUACGUAAUUAUUCUCGCGAAAAUCAAGGGUAUAUCGGACGAGGUUAUCACGCUCUCUUAUCGGAUCCAACAAUAUUUGAUCUCUUUUUACUACCAUUGGACUUAUGGAUUUUUGACAAUUGUCACCUUUAUUGUGUUAUCUAUUUUUCCGAACCAAGAACAUUCAAAUGGAAUGGUGGACAUUGAAAGGAUUGUACAGUUUAGUCGGUACGUCUGUUUCCGCGUUCUUCGUAAAAAAAAUCUUAAACGCAAUACAAUUUUCACGAAUUUCUGGGAACUUAUUCGUACCAAAAGAGAUGUUAAGUUUUGAAAUU